GUUGAAUUGGGGAGAAAAGAUGGAAAGAAUGAGAAGGGGAGUGAGUAAAUAUUAAACGAGUGGCGUCGUCUUCUUUGUGCUAAAAAAAAUUAAAAUCAUUUGGGAUCUCUGUGCUGCGGCUGCUCUUUUGACCACUUCCAUCUCCAAUCUCUAUCUAAAGACUCACUGAAAUGGCUGGAGGAGGAGUUAUCCACCAGCUUUUGAGGAGGAAACUUCAGUCACACGCUGCGGCCUCUCCAUAUUUAUCUAUCUUUGCUUCGAAGAAAGUUCAUGAUGAUUCUGGAUCUCUCAGUUCAAAGUCCCUUACAACAUUUGCACUCAUCGGGGCUGGAAUUUCAGGGUUUCUGAGUUUUGCAACAGUAGCAUCUGCUGAUGAGGCAGAACAUGGCUUAGAGUGUCCAAACUAUCCUUGGCCUCACAAAGGCAUUCUAAGUUCAUAUGACCAUUCUUCGAUUCGCCGUGGUCAACAAGUUUACCAGCAAGUGUGUGCAUCUUGCCACUCCAUGUCUCUGAUAUCAUAUCGUGAUUUGGUGGGUGUUGCAUAUACAGAAGAGGAGACUAAAGCUAUGGCAGCUGAGAUUGAGGUGGUUGAUGGGCCUAAUGAUGAGGGUGAGAUGUUCACCCGUCCUGGUAAACUUAGUGACCGUUUUCCUCAGCCAUAUGCAAAUGAACAAGCUGCUAGAUUUGCUAAUGGGGGGGCCUAUCCUCCAGAUCUAAGUCUUAUUACAAAAGCUCGUCACAAUGGUCAGAGCUAUGUGUUUGCUCUUUUAACUGGUUACCGUGAUCCUCCAGCUGGUGUUUCAAUCAGAGAGGGGUUGCAUUAUAAUCCUUACUUCCCUGGCGGAGCUAUUGCCAUGCCUAAAAUGUUGAACGAUGGUGCUGUUGAAUAUGAAGAUGGUACCCCUGCAACUGAAGCACAGAUGGGAAAAGAUGUUGUAACAUUUUUAACAUGGGCCGCAGAACCAGAAAUGGAAGAGAGAAAAUUGAUGGGCUUUAAGUGGAUCUUUGUACUAUCACUGGCAUUGCUUCAAGCUGCAUAUUACCGGCGUAUGAGGUGGUCAGUUUUGAAGUCGCGCAAGCUUAUUGUUGACGUAGUCAACUAGCUUCCGUCCAGUUUCUCUCAUUCUAAUGAUUCUGGGAGGAAAUGAAUUGGCAAUAAUUACUUUGUCAGAUAACUUGGCUUCUGCUAUGGCAAAUUGGUGGACAUAUUGUAUUGGUGGAGUGACCUGAAGAGUCCUUUUUUGUUUUGUUUUUGUUGAAUUGAGGAAGAAAAUAAGCUACUCCAUAUACGAAAGCACAUCUCAUCUUUUGUCUCACAUAAAUUUUUGUUAGAUUCUUUUUUAUCUGAACUCUGUGAAGUGAUAUAUAUUCUUCCGCAUUGGAAUGCUACUUGCAUUUGUUGGUCCA